AUAUGGUAAGCAUCCUCCUCCAUUCCCCUCAGAGGCUUCCUUCCUUGGCUGUUUAUAAACCCAAGCACCAGUUAAUACCAGAAAACAUAAAACAAACAAAUGGCGGAUGACAGCAGCUCCACACCAGUGGUCCAAACUACAACAUCCGACGAUGAUGACAUGCGGCUUCUCGGUUUCGCUGUUCAGGAGCUUCCUCUUCACGCUGUCAAUCACCUUCUUACCAUGCCCAACCACCAGGUGUGCGUCCGAUGCAUUUUUUGUCUAUUUAACAUUCACGAGGGUAUUUAUGCCCUGCUUUCCCCAACAAAGUUGCAUUUGGUUGUUGAAAAAGAAAUUAAGGUGGAAAAUGUGUUAAAUGAGAGUCCUGGAGAAACCGAAGAUGUGAAAACAUUGCAAUCAUCUCAAGAGUCAGAACUGAAGUCAAGUAUUUGUCCAGUUUGCUUAGGCGUCUUGCAAUUUAAUUAUUAUGAUGAGAGUAAUACGAUGGUAAAGAAGGAUCAUGCUCAGGAUUUUGCCAUGACAGUUGCUGAACACGUGAAACAGAAAUUCCCUGAAAUUUCUAGCUUUUCACUUGAAGUCUCAUUGCCAACACUUAUCACGGAAAACGAACAAGCGAUAUUAUCGUAUAUAAAAAAGAAGUAUGCUUCUGAAGUUUGGUUUCAAGACAAGUUUUCAUCUGAACAUAUUUCAGUAAAAGAUGCACUCAAGCUUUCUAUAACACCUCCCCUUGAAACACUAAUGGGUGUUAAAUCUUGUGUUGGUAGUGAUUUCCGCAUUCGUUUGACAUUUGAGCAUGUUGAUGCAACGUCUACUGAAAACAGGAUGGGGAAAAACCAAGGAAACAAGAGAUUCAAAUCAGGUGCUGAGGUUUCUAAUCUGCACAUCAGUGAAGCUAAUGGACGUGUUAAAUGUACUAAUGGGACAAUUCAAAAUAGGGAUGUUUCUGACUCUAAUUUCCAACUGAGAAAGGUUGAUCAACCUUGUCACAUGACUUUGAUGUGUUCUAGAACUCCUAUCUACAUUGGUGGUCGAUACUUGAAGUUUUCACGCAAUGUGAGUCAGACCCGCUGGAUAAUCGACGAUGAGAGGAAGGGAGAGGCAUCUGUUGAGGAACUUGUUGGUGGCAACAUCCUUCCCACGACUAAUGGUGAUGGCUAUAAAUUUCAUGCUGCUGGAAGAGAGGAUAUAGAUGUCCGGAUGUUGGGUUCAGGUAGGCCAUUUUUGGUUGAGAUACAAAAUGCACGUCAUGUUCCUUCUGCGGAGUCCAUCAAGGAAAUAGAGAAGAAGAUAAAUAAUCUGGAAAGUAACCUGGUUAGAGUAAAGCAUCUCAAGGUUUUGGGGACUCAAGGUUGGAGCUUAAUGCGUGAAGGAGAAGCAGAGAAACAGAAACAAUAUGCUGCUUUGGUGUGGAUAUCGCGUGCUAUUAAAGAUGAUGAUGUACAAGUCUUAUCCUCGUUCAAGGACUUGAAAGUUUUGCAGAGAACACCGAUAAGGGUUCUUCAUCGUCGAAGUCCUUUAGAUCGUGAAAAGAUUAUUCAUUGGAUGAAAAUUGAGAAAGUUGCCGAGAGUUCUCAAUACUUUCUACUUCAUCUAUGCACCCAGGCUGGAACUUACAUCAAGGAAUUUGUUCAUGGAGAUCUUGGACGUACCCAUCCUAGCAUUGGGUCUAUUCUUGGAUGCAGGGCUGAAAUUCUUCAACUUGAUGUCACAGAUGUCAAAAUGGAUAUCCCUGAGUGAAUGAAUGUCAGUUGCCUUGCCUUCAAAUUUAGAGUGGCCUUCCUAUCAAAAGUUUAGUGGGACAUUAUAGUUGCCAGGAAAGCAUUUUCGGAACUGUGGAAACACAAUUUUGUCAUGGAAUUCGACUUUGUGGGGCUCAUGGAAUAUCGCUUCUCCAUCGACAAAUAAGUGAACGUAACAAGUUGCUGACGACAACAUACUUAUUUUUUCCCCUUGUAAUGACUUUAUAUGUCAUUAGGUGUAUGUUGUUUUGGACGUCAGUUCGAUAUUGGCCAGGCUUUUCCUGUUAUCUCGACUUGAUCACUUUAUUUAGCUGGUUAAAGGUUUAUCAUCUAAAACCGACUUGAUAUUGGGAGGUUCACAUGUUAGAUGUCCAAAUUAAAUGUUUAAAUAGAUCAAUACUAUUAUAUCUGACCCAAGAGAUUUGGUAAUCUUUUUUAUUUAAGUUGUUAAAAAGUAGUUACAUCUUUUUAAUUAAUCACAUCCCAAAUGUUUGCUUGUUU